AUGACUGAUAAUAUUAAUAAAUUAUCACAAAAUAUCGAUGGAAACAAACAGCAACAGACGGCUGCUUCUAUUGUUAAUUUGACAGAUGACGAUGUGAUUAAAAUUUGGGAUGCAGUAUCAGCAUUUAUUGAAUCUUAUAUGAAACAAUCAAAAGGUAUUAUUAUUCCUGGUUUUGGUACAUUUAGUUUUAUACAUAAACGUAUUGAUGUUGGAAAUAAUAAAUUUUUACUUAUUCAACGACCUGCUUUUGUUUUAUCAGAAAAAGUUGCACAAACACAUAGUUUAAAAUAUACACAUUAUCCUAUAAAUGGUUCAAUACCAAUUCAUCCAUUAAAUUAUUUUUAUAUACAAACACAAACAAUAUAUACACGUGAUCAAAUUGAACAAUGUGUUAAACAUGUUUUACAAGUAUUUAAUCGUUCUAUAGUUGCACAACGUAAUGUUGAAUUUACAUUUUCACAUAUUGGAAAAUUACAUAUACGUAAUGGAAAAGUUAAAAUGAAAUUUUUUAAAGAUUUUAUUAAUUCAGUUGAUGAAAAUGGUGGAAAACAUAUUAUUGAUAAUAUGUGCAAUAGACCACAUACAUGUGAUUCAGUUAUGUCUGAACGAGAAGCAACUCGACCACCAUCAUCUUCAAAUGUUAUUCUUCCACGACUUAACAGUCGUAUUGGUAAUUCAUCAAUGCAAGUAAUUCAAGAAGAAAAUCAAAUUGAUGAUGAAGAUCAAGAACAAUUACAGCAAGAUAUUAUUCGAGUUAAGAAUGAUGAUUUUAAAUUACCACCUCUUACUGAAACAUCGGGAGAACCAAUGAAUUCUACAACAACAUCAUUAUCAUCAAAUGUAAUAAAAACAACUGGUACAGGAACUUCAAUAGAUAGUAUUGUUCCAAUUGCAUCACUUUUUUCUUCAACGGAUUUUGUUCAACCAUCUACAACAAUUAAAAAAACUCCACCACCACCACCACCUUAUACUCCAAUGAAACGAUUAGUAUCAGUUCAUCAAACUGAACAAGAAAAUGAACAAACAUCAAUAAAUCCUCCUGUUAUACGAUCAACAAAUGAAAGUAUUUCUUCGUUGGGUUUUACACGUACAGGAACAGAUCGUAUAAGUGCACGUGAUCGUAUAUCAUCAUCAUUAAAUGUUUAUCCUCAACAAUAUCAACAUAUACUAACUAAACCUUUAACAUCAUGUGAUCAACAUGAUAUGAAUCAAGAACUUUGUUCUGUAUGUCAUCAACGUGCUAAACGAAAUAUACCAAUUUAUUUACAUGAAGAAAAACGUAUGCGUGAAGCUGAAGAAGAUAAAUUACUUGAAGAAUAUCAACAUAAUCGAGAUAUUGAAAAACAAAAACAACAUGAAGCAGCUAUGAAAGCAGCUCGAGAAGAAAAACAAAAAAUAGCUGCUUUCAAUUUAGGUAUUGCACAAGCAACACGAGCUAAAAAAUUAGAACGACCACAAACAACUGAUAUACCACGUUCAAUUAUAUUUCGAAAACGUGCUAAAACACCUCCUGGUUAUAUUCGACAAAAAGAUUUUGCUAAACAAUUAGAAACUCAAAUUAAAUUAAAACAAGAUGAACAACAUUCAGAAAAACGAGAUAAAGAUUUUAUUGAACGUUUAGAACAAAUACAAUUAGCUGAAUCAUUGGCACAAGAACGAGAUAAUUAUUUCAAAAAUAAACGUCGUCAUCAAGAAGAAUUAAAAAAUGCUUUAGACAAUCAAAUUCGUAAUAAACCUACUGAAUUACCUACAUGUGAAUCCGAAACACCUUAUUUUGGUUUGCAUGAUGUGUCACCUGAACAAUUACAAGAACGUCGUCUUCAUGCAAUAGAAAUUGUUCGUCAACAAAAAGAUCUUAUUGAACAACGACAACGACAACAAUUACUUAAACAAAUACGAGAUCAAGAAUAUGAAUUAAAAAUAUUAAAUACUAUAAAGAAAGAUCUUUUAUCGGACAAUCAUGAACGAAAUCGUCGUGAUUUAACAAUACGUAAAGAUCUUGAAAUAAAUUGGAUAGAAGCUACAAAUGAAAAACAUAAACAUGAUCAAGAUGAAAAAAUGUUUUUAAAAGCUCCACAAGGUGUUCUUAUACAUGAACAAUGUGAUCAAUAUAAACGAUGUGUUCAAUGUCAACGUAAUUUAAAUAAUCAAGGUAAAAGUAAUUUUUGGAAAGAUACACGAUAUAUACCUGGAACGCAUAUCAUGGUUUAA